AUGCAUCCUGGUUCAGGAAUCUCUAUCAUACGGGGAGAGCUGUCUUUCUGUCCGUUGAACUUCGAUCACUUCCAGAUCCUGCGGGCCAUCGGGAAAGGGAGCUUUGGGAAGGUGUGUAUCGUGCAGAAGCGGGACACCGAGAAGAUGUACGCCAUGAAGUACAUGAACAAGCAGCAGUGCAUCGAGCGGGACGAGGUCCGGAACGUCUUUAGAGAGCUUGAGAUCCUUCAGGAGAUUGAACAUGUGUUUUUAGUAAACCUCUGGUACUCGUUCCAGGACGAGGAGGACAUGUUCAUGGUGGUGGAUCUGCUGUUAGGAGGAGACCUGCGCUAUCAUCUUCAGCAGAACGUGCAGUUCAGCGAGGACGCUGUGAAGCUGUACCUGUGUGAGAUGACCCUGGCGCUCGACUACCUGCAGAGCCAGCACAUCAUACACAGUGUACCAGACUAA